GGUUGCUGCUGGCCUUCCUAGAUCUUCUACAGUGAAAUUCUCUGAGUCAGAUGACAGCAAUGCUGUAUCCUUGGACUGAGGAGGAGUGUGCACUGGUCCCACAGGGUGAUCUGACAGCAGCACUUUUAGGGCUGCCCCUGCAUGUCCUUUUCCUUCAAGUUUGGAACCCUCCCUUCCAUCACCUGAAUCUGACUCCUGGCCUGUGACAUGCUGGAUAUAUAUUAUUUGUGAUGUCUAUUAAGUACACUCUUGAAGUGUACUUACAUUUUUGUGGAGAAGCUAUAAUGGAAACAUAGAUGGUCAUUCUUAAUUAAUCACAUUUAACUUCAUUUUUGAUAUUUUACACAAACUGUGGCCCAUAGUACACAUAACCAGUGUGUUAGUGCCAUAAUAAAUUCAUUUUUAAGAUGCCAGCCAUCUCUCUUACUUUGUUUCUCUUCCUCCCACUUUCUGCCUCAGAAUAACACCUCUGUUUAUCUGGAACCGUAGGAUAAAAACAAAAACAAAGAGUGAGAGACAGAAUUACUUUUUUUUAAGGUCUGGGGGGAAAAUGAGUCCAAUGAAAGAGAAAAAUGUCACCAUAAUAUUCAAGGAGUUUGUAUUUGUAGGUUUAACAAACAAUCCUCUACUGCAGAUUGUCCUCAUUGUAGUCUUCUUAGCUUUUUAUACUGCUACUUUGGUGGGAAAUCUGGGAAUGGUUGCCUUAAUAAGGGCCAGCCCUUGUCUCCACACUCCAAUGUACUUCUUUCUCGGCAACCUCUCUCUCCUGGAUGCAUGCUUCUCUUCUGUAGUUGCCCCUCAGACAUUAGUGAAUCUCUUAUCACAUAAGAAGGCCAUUUCCCUCACUAGGUGUGCAUUGCAAAUGUACUUUGUAAUAGGCCUGGGGAGCACAGAGUGCUUUCUCUUGGCUGCAAUGGCAUAUGAUCGCUAUGUGGCUAUCUGUAAGCCACUGCUGUACCCAGUCCGCAUGUGUCCUAGAGUCUGCAUUCUUUUGGUGGUAGGGUCAUAUGUUCUUGGGCUUCUGCAUUCUCUCCUUCAUACAGUUUUCACCUUCAGGCUGUCAUUCUGUCAAUCUAAUAAGAUCAAACAUGUAUAUUGUGACAUCACUGCACUUCUAUCACUUUCUUGUUCUGAUACCAACAUCAAUGAACUCCUGAUUUUUUAUGAGGCUGGUCUUGUAGAAGUAACCACCAUCCUGAGUGUUGUGGUUUCUUAUAUGUAUAUUCUCACCAAUAUUGUGAGGAUCACCUCAAGUGCAGGCAGAGUCAAGGCCUUCUCCACUUGUACCUCACACCUCACUGCAGUUACUAUUUUCCAUGGGGCAAUUCUUAUUUUGCAUUUCCGACCAAACUCUAGCAGUGGAUCUUUUGUUCAAGAUGUGAGUGACAAAAUCCUUGCUGUGUUCUACACAAUUGUCAUUCCCUUGCUGAAUCCCUUGAUAUACAGCCUGAGAAAUAAGGAGGUUAAGGAUGCCUUAGGAGGCAUUCAGAGGAAGGUAUGUGACAAAAUGAAUGGCUAG